AACGAGGAGGAGGCGGGCGGCGCAUGCGCAGCUGCGAGGGAGGUAGUGCAGUCGCGGGAGUGGGAUUGUUGUGAGUCAACGGUGUGGCGGCGAGUAGACUCAGGUGGGGGAGUCUACGGACAGCUGCGGACGCCUAAUGCGGUGAGCUCCACCUCUUGCCGGGCUCCCCCCCGCGCUACCUACACUCUUCUCAGCAUCUUUUUUUUUUUUAUGUUUUUGACGACCCCACGUGACCUUGUGGGCGUGGCUUACACACUGCCUCUACUUGAUUGACAGGAUGCUGGGAGGAAUGCAGGAUCACCACAAGGAUGCCCUCAUCAAACUGCGAGUGAAAUUAAUAGAAGAGAUGGUGGUUGACGACCUAAUAGAACAUCUUGUACAAAACAAAGUCCUUACCCCAAGCAUGCGAGAAAGAGUCCGGUGUAAUCAGGGGAGCUUCCAACAGAAGAUAGCUCUGCUGGAUUUGCUUCCCAUGCGAGGUCCGCGUGCUUUCUCCGUCUUCUGUACCGCACUGCGAGACACUGGCCAGGAGCACUUGGCUGAACAGUUGGAGGAGAAAACGCGGAAAAUCAAACCAGAGGAAACCGUCUUUCCUUUGUCUGUGGAAGAGCGAGGCGGGCAGAAUCACUGGCGGGAGUCCUGUGAGAUGUAUAUAGAUGAUGGAGACGGUCUAGGAAGUGUGUCUCCGACUUCUGUGAACUUCUACCUGUCACAUCAAGAACAGGCCUACAAGAUGACCACACGGCCACGUGGUGUCUGUCUGAUCCUUAGUAAUGUCUCGUUCACGGCUCCUGAGCUCGGCUAUCGCCACGGAGGGGAGGUGGAUCUCAGCGUUUUAAGGCUCUUGUUUCACCAGUUGAACUUUAAAGUCCGUGAACGCAGCAACCUCACUGCUGAGGAGAUGAAGCAAGAGCUGGAUCUGUUCUCCAAACUGCCUGACCACUCCCAGCUGGAUUCCUGUAUAGUCUCCAUUUUAUCCCAUGGAGUUGAUGGUGCUGUGUACGGAUGUGAUGGCAAACUAGUACAAAUGCAGGACGUCUUUACAAAGCUGGACAACGCUCACUGCCCGCAGCUACAAAACAAGCCCAAAAUGUUCUUAAUCCAGGCCUGCCGAGGAGAUGAGCCCGACCGAGGCGUGGACCAGCGAGAUGGAAGAGAGCAGACUGGGUCUCCCGGUUGUGAGCAGAGCGACGCAGGAAGAGAAAACGGCAGGGUCCGGCUGCCCACCCAGUCUGACAUGAUCUGCGCCUAUGCCUGUCUUAAGGGUACUGUAUCACUUCGCAACACAAAGCAUGGCUCAUGGUUCAUGCAAGAACUUUCUGAUGUCUUUUCCAAACAUGCUAAGGACACACAUGUAGCUGACAUGCUAGUGAAGGUGAACGCUCGCAUAAAAAAUCGAGAGGGACACGCCCCAGGGACUGAAUAUGACCGCUGCAAAGAGAUGUCCGAGUACAGCAGCACUCUGUGCCGAGACCUCUACCUGUUCCCGGGAUACCGCCCCAGACCUGCACUUCCAUCUUGUACAUAACUUUUUGCUAUGAGAAGAGAAUGACUUUAUUUUUUACAUGUUCUUUUCAUGUCUUCCAACUUUGUGUCGUCUCCUUCGGGGCUCGGGACCCUUAUUUGUGUUCUCAAGUGAACGGGGUUCAGGGACCUGCACAUGGAGCUCGUUCCUGGACAAGCCCGAUACACAUGGAGUUUUUUUUUAUGUGACCCUGUUCACACAGAGCCAUCGUGCAGUGGGAGAUUUUUGAUCCUCUGCUGCCUUUUAUUUUCAAUCAUUGCUUCUCUAACUUAUUUUCUUUCUUUUCCGUCUGUGGAAACAAACAGCAGAUGGGAAGUAGAACAGAAGGAUGUUUUUCUCCUCUGUCCGGCCGUAUCCCCUCCUGACAUGUCUCGCUUUCUAAAUACCUGGGUGUUCAUUUACAUCAACAUCCUGGAGCCUCUUUUUCCCCCAGAACUUAUUGUGCUGUUCCUAAAUUAUUCCUCCUGGAAAUCGUUGAUAGGGUCAUCCCUGCUUAGUCAACUAGUGCUGACUUUGUAGGGACACACUCCUUUGAUAAGGGGAAUGGUAACACCCAAUUGUUGAUUCACAAAUGCAUUUUCAGGAGCAAUAACAGAGGAAUUGAAUAACUCAGAAUGUAAAGAAGAGAUAUUCUUGACUUGUUAUUUCAUGGGCAUCGCCGUUCUUGAGAUCACCAGUAGUUGGACCCUUAUGAUGAUUUCAUUGUGGAUGGGGGAUAACCUUAAUAUUAGGCACCAACCCUCUAAGUUUUUCCACCUUACAGCUAUGGGAUAUUGAUUAGAUAUCGGUUUGCGAUUGGGGGGGGGGGUCUGAUUUUACUAUCUUCCAAGUGAGUGAUCCCAGUGUGAAUGAUGGAGGCCCAAGAGACGGGAUAUCUGAAAUACUGCAUGAGCCUCUUCAUUUCAGCGCUGGGUCCUGUCCAUAAACCGUAAAUCUUUUAGUCCUGCUGUGGACGAAAUAUGAGCCGCCCACGGAAAAGGUGAUGGAAUUUAUUCGGACACAUUCAGUAUUUAAGGGAGCGUCGCCAAUACUGAGAAAUUUUUCUCUUUUUUUUUUUUUUUUUACGUACCUCCAGCUUACAGAACUGUCCUAAUACGUAAGGAGAAUGUAUUGUCUGCCAGGUCCCUCUGCAAGAAGGAGGGAUCCAUCAGGGACCAUCCAUGGGGAGAUCCAAACUCCCAUCGUACCGCUGCUGUAGAGCAUUUGAUUUGCCGGCAAGAGGCAGGUGCAGGGCAAGGGCUUUUUCAUUAGAUCCGGUGACGUAGCGGGUCUCUGCUCGGUGGAGGCUUCUGCCUCGCAGUGUUCCCGGUGACGUCACCGACACUAAUGGGCGGGCUUUAGCGCUGCCCUAGCCCUGUGCUGUAUCAGAGGGGCUGCCUGGGUGAAGAAGGGGAAGCCGGACAAACCUUUUAAGUAAUUAAAGGGAACCUGUCAGCAACGUUAUGCCGACCUCACUGAGGGCAGCAUGAAAUAGUGACAGAAAUGCUGAUGUCAGCGAUGUGUCAUUGAUGAGCUAAUAGUAAGUGGUUGCCGAGAACCAGCACCAUAA